GAACAAGUGAAACAUUUUAUUGAUUUUCUCCAUAGUGAAAUAGAUUCUUAGAGUUAACAUCAUAGGUAAUCAUAUUUACACCUAAAAAAAUAUAUAUUUAUAUAUUCAAUCUGUAAUUGUCACAAUAUUUGCAUAUUGCUUUUCCAGUACACAAAUGCAUUGCAAAGACAUUUUUGAGAGAGCGCACCAUCUGAAAAACAUUGCAUGCUAUUUCAAGUGUCAUAUUUAUAUCCCAACAACCACUAGACGUCUUAAAAAUGACCAUGUAAUCUGAAUAUUAAAGAUCAUAUCAACAUCUGAAUGUUGUUCAAGCGGAGGACAUUUGAUGACGUGUAAAUUGUAGCUACAUUUGGACACACCGAAUGGGCAUCUUGGUAAUCGAUCGUUUAAGAUUGUUUCGCAGUCCAUGAAAAAAAAGGGGGACAUCGGUUAGUUGGGAUCCAGUGGACCGUGCUCUGGUGGCCGAGAGAUUUUUUUGCUCAAAAUGAAAGAUUGAUUCUUGCAGACUGGGUGUGAGUUUAAUCAUAGUGGCAAAAUUGAUUCAUGAAAUUUAUGACUGAGUACGACUUUGCAGAAGCCUCUGGAAAAGUUAGAAGAAAUCUCUUGAUUUAUUAUUUUUUUCCCCCCCUGUGUGUCACACUUUUAUGAGUAGCUUUAGAAUGUUAUAAAAUCUAUUCUUGCAGAUUUUCAGCCUGUAGAAAUACAAAACGGCAGUAAAAUCUCCUGUUCAGUGACUACGAAAUUAUACCACAAUACAAAUCACACGGCAGACGAAUGAAAUCAAAUCACCUCCCAGGAGAGAUAUUAAACAAAUCCUAAAUUAGCUCACCUUUUACGACUGCGAAUCUGGCACAAAGAAUACUUUAGCUCUAUCUUAGGACUGGGAGAAAGCUUGCCCUUCCACAGAGGAUGCUGGGAUUGAUUUUACAGCCCAUGCAGUCAGAGGGUCAUGUUGUCUUUUUGCCUGUUAUUGAUGCUUCUAAAAAGAGGCUCACAAAUUGCUCUGUUUACCCUGAGAUUUCUGGCCCGGGGUUGAGUCGACCUGUGAAGUUGUUACCAUGGCAACAUCUCCCUCUGAGCUUGAUGAAGGCCUGUCAGCAUGGUGAAUGAUAUUUUAACUCUAAUGGCUUCUAGUGCAAAGCAGGAACACACAUCAUUUCCUUUCAGUGUACGGCUGGCAUCUUUACAGUCUGUAUCGGAAAACUGAGCAUUGGCACUAGCAAAGUGACUAUACUUGGAUACGGGUUGCUCACGACGGAUGCACGCCCCCUGCUGGAGGCCCUGAACAAACAACGAUUCGGUGUCAUCCUAGUGGACGAAUCCCACUACCUGAAAUCUCGCAACGCAGCUCGUAGUAAAAUAUUGGUGCCAGUCAUUCAGAACGCCAAGCGUGCCAUCCUUCUUACUGGCACCCCAGCGCUGGGCAGACCAGAGGAGCUUUUCAUGCAAAUCGAUGCUUUGUAUCCACGGAGAUUUGGAACCUGGACCGACUACGCCAAAAAAUACUGCAACGCCCACUAUAAGUUUUUCGGGGCCAGAAGGCAGUGGGACUGUCGUGGUGCGUCUCAUUUAGACGAGUUACACCAGCGUCUGAGCGAAAUUAUGAUUCGUAGACUCAAGAAUCAGGUGUUGACUCAACUACCACCCAAAAUACGCCAACAAAUUCCCUUCGACCUUCCCAAAGAUGCUGCCAAGGAAGCGAGUGCUAGUUUUGAGCAGUGGGAGAAGCUGAUGAGCUGUGAGAGUGAGAAUCAGUUUGUGGAGGUGAUGAGUCUCAUCACACACAUGUAUAAGCAGACCGCUGUUGCCAAGGCCGGAGCGGUGAAGGACUAUAUAAAGAUGAUGUUGGAGACAGAACAGCUGAAGUUUCUGGUCUUUGCUCAUCAUCUCAGCAUGUUGCAGGCGUGUACCGAGGCUGUCAUCGAGGUCAAGGCAAGUUAUAUCCGCAUUGAUGGCAGUGUCCCAUCUGCAGAGAGGAUCCAACUGGUGCAUCGUUUUCAGAACGAUCCAGACACGCGCGUGGCCAUACUAAGUAUACAGGCAGCUGGACAGGGUCUGACAUUUACGGCCGCGUCUCAUGUGGUCUUUGCUGAACUCUACUGGAACCCAGGACACAUCAAACAAGCAGAGGACAGAGCACAUCGCAUCGGGCAGACCACGACCGUACACAUCCACUACCUCAUCGCCAAAGGAACCUUUGACACCGUCAUGUGGGCCAUGUUAAACAGAAAGGAAACGGUUACGGGCAGCGCUUUGAACGGAAAGAAGGAGUAUUUGAAAGCUGAGUUGGGAGACCAAGAGAAAUGGGACUUUCUGAACUUUGCUCAGGCGUGGACGCCAAGCGAUACCAUGAAGGGUGAUUCUGAGGAUGACAAGGAUGGGACUUUCUUUUCUCACUUUGAAAGGGACAAGCAGCACGACAUCCGAUCGUUCUUUUCCCCCUCUGUGAGCAAAGAAAAGAAGAGGAAACGAUCUGAGAAUUCACCUUCUGACGGAUCUCCUCUACCCAAGUUAUAUGAGGGGGCGGAGCCUGUUCGGACUCAGGAGAUCCAGAGCUCUGAUUUAAAGGCCAACCAGGGGGAGGAUUUUUCCCCGCAGGUGAAGCGGUUUAGGCAGGUUAGCCCCUUGUUGCGACGUGGGGGUAAGAAGACCCCCCUGUCGUCCUUGUGCAGCCCCCAAAGACCCUUAACGGGACUACAGGUGCCACGCCACAAUCAGAAGUGGAACUGUUCGGCAUGUACGUUCUCCAACAGUGGACUGCUGCUACGCUGCGAGAUGUGUGAAAGUCCACGAAAUGCUCAAAAAGCUCCCAGCACACCUUCAUCAUUACCGGAGCACCCUUCAUCCUCCUCAUCGCUCACUGAUUCAGACCACGAACGGGAACCGACCACCCCCAGCACCCCACAAACCCCGCCUGCAUGUCCAAGGCAACGGGCCAAUCAGGAUGGGGCAGAAAUGCAUUUAAAUGCAUCUCAAGAAACGCAUCAAAAGGAUCAAUUCAGCCCAGAAACACUCUCCAGCGGCGCUCCAGCUAAUCAGGUUCACACUCAAAAGGAGUCGGACGACUCAGUUCCUGUGUAUGACUGUCUGAAGUUCUGUGCCAGCAAAAACACAGACAGGAUCUUCAUCUACGACAAGGACGGCCUCCCGCUCCACUGUAACUUCGUUCCCUUGGAUAUCAGACUGCAGAACUGGGAGGAACUGCCACCAGAAUUCAAUCACAGCGAGAACAGGAGACAGGUUGUGCGAUUCGUGCGUGAGUGGAGCUCUCUGACUGCGAUGAGGCAGAGGAUGGUGAGGAAGAGUGGAAGAGUUUUUCACAGCCCCAUCGUGCUCCUGGAGGAGCUCACACAAUCCCAGCGCCGGCACAGCAGCACCUCCAGGUAUCUCUCCAAAGAGGAUGUAGCUCAGACCUCCAUUGCUGUGGCCCAGAAAGAGGGCGGAGCUCUCCGCAUCAUCAACAAGGAUAAUGUCGGCCCGAAAAGAAAAUCCACAUCCAGGGCUACGGACCACACCAACAGAGAAGCCGAGAGCUCUGUGUGUGUUCAGACAAACACCACCGCCGGUUACCUGCAGGCCGUGGACUCGGCUGGGACCCCCCUGUGUCUGUCCUGCCAGAAGCCCAGCGGGGAGCACCUCGGCUGGGCAGGAGGCUUCUGCAGCUCUGCCUGUAUGGAGGACUUCCAGCUGCGCUCCAAUCAGGGCUACAUGCGCGCCCGUGUGCUGGAGACAGAGCAGGGUGUGUGUCAGCACUGUGGACUCAACGCCCACCAGCUGUACGUGCAGGUCCGGGACGCCCCGCGCACACACCGCAAGGAGAUGCUGGACAACACCUGGCUGGCACAACUCCCUCUCAAACAGCUGAAUGAGAUGAUUCAGAGUCCUACCGAAGGACAGUUCUGGCAGGUGGACCACAUUAACCCUGUGUACAGAGGAGGGGGACAGUGUUCCCUCGAAAACCUCCAAACGCUUUGUACCGUCUGCCAUCGUAUGAGGACCGCGCAGCAAGCCAAAGACAGAAGUCAGAUGAAACGAGUCCAGGCCGCCUCCACACUGGCCUCUGACAUCACACGAUUCUUUGUCAAGAAAUGAGCCGUUCUGUCUGCAACUAUUAAAAACACAUAUUCAGAGCGGCAAAGAGCUGUUGCCUUGGAAAUGAGCCGCCUGCGUUUUCCAUGUCGGAGGCGUUAUUUACCGACAUCUGCAGUAUUUGAGGACUGUUAUUUAGCCAAUUGGGUAGCUGUUUUUAAUCACUGCUCUCACCGUGAGACAAAAGAGCUUUUAUAUUCGAUGUGUUCAACCAUAAAUUCAUUAAAAUCACUAAAUAAACAUGCUACAGUUGC